AUGAAGAAUUUCGCCUUGUGCGGCGUGUGCCGGCUGUCGCACGAUCAGGGCCGACCGCACAUCUACACCAAGCGACACACGACGGCGCUUGCGACGCUUCUCGAUAAGGAGCUUCGUCGCAUGACCGCCCUUGCGACGUGGCUCGAGUCGCACAGUCGGUCGCUGACGUCCACGCAAGAGCAAAGCGCGCCGAUAGCGGCGGGGAUAGCCGCGCAGGGCGGCGCGGACGAGAGGCGGAAUGGUGCCUGCAGCCGCGAGGAGCGCCGCGAUUGGCGGCCCGCCGGGUCUCUGUCAGGAACGCGCGGCGACGAGGGAACCGAUAGAGCGAGUAUUAAUGGCGGCAGUGAUGGCGGCGCGGGUGUCGCGUGCGAGGAGAGCCGGAAACGGAGCCGAUGGUGCCGGUUUUGCGACGCUGACGUGGCAGAGGAUAGCAUGAUCGGCGGAUGGAUGCAGUGGGUGCGCCACGUCAGCAGCGGGGACCACAUGACGUCAGUGAGGGCGUUUUGGGCGGCAAACUGCAGCGGCAGGGGCGUCGUGGCUGCUGAUACGAUUGCUCUCGCUGCCGCCCUCGCCGCCCGCCUUGCUGCUGCUGCUUCUGCCGCUGCUACGUCUGCUUCUGCUUCUGCUGCUUCUGCUGCUUCUGCUGCUUGUGCUGUUAAUAGCGACGGUUCGACUGUGCCUACAGGGGGUGCUGCAGGGGAUGUUACAGGGGACGCUGGCACCAAGCGACGAGCCAAGAAGCAAAGAGGGAGCAACCAAGGAGGUUUAGAGAUUAAAGAGACCAAAGAUACCUGGCGGGCAUUCGUGCUGCCCCCUGCCGUCGCCACUGCCACCGCCGCUGCUGCUGCUGCUGCUGCUCUGUCGUCUCCUUCUUCCCUUGCUGCUCCCCCGCUCUCCUCAAUAACCCCAUCGAAUCAACCCCCCUGCCCGCCCCUCACUCCCCUCCCACACACUAGAAGCCCCUACCCUCCCACCCCCACCACUACCACUUCCAAACCCAUCAUCACAACACCGAACCCAUCUGCACCGCUGCUAAACCCCUUAACACCCCCUGAGGGCCUCUUCCUGGUCCCAGACUCCUUCUGCCCCAUCCUCUGCCCGCCAAUCACCAACGCCAAAAUCUGGAAGUUUCGGGCGCAGCGCGUUGGGGCAGCCUGGGCAGAGCAGCGCCGGGCUGAAAUAAAAGCGGCGGAAGCGGCUCGGAGUGUGGCCGCUGCCGCUGCUGCUGCGCUGCGGUUUGCCCCUGCUGGCCCUCCGACUACGGGCAGGGGCCCUGAGGUCAUAACAUCAUCUUCAACAGGUUUAGCUGAAGCUUCUGCUGCUGCUCCCACUGCUGCUGCUGCUGCUGCUGCUGCUGCUGCUGCUGCUGCUGCUGCUGCUGCUGCUGCUGCUGCUGCUGCUGCUGCUGCUGCUGCUGCUUCUGCUAGUGUGGUUGGUGAGCGCAGUGAGAUCGACCUAUCGAACGUGUCCAUGUGGCUUCCAAGCUUUGGGCGAGUGUGGCAGAGCGGCCCUAGGCAGGCCAGCAGGAGGGAGUUUGAUGCAGAGAGACGAGCGCAGAGGGGCAGAGGCCGGCAGGAGAGGCAGCACAGGGGAGGGGAGGAGAGGAGGGGAGGAGGGCAGGAGAGGCAGCACAGGGGAGGGGAGGAGAGGAGGGGAGGAGGGCAGGAGAGACAGCACAGGGGAGGGGAAGAAAAUUGGCACAAACAACGUGAAGAGCAGCAGCACGAGGGAGCGAGGGGAGGAGGGGAGGAGGAUGAAAAAAAGGAGGCUAAGACCUGGGCUGAGCGGUCUGUAGGGACUGGAGGAGCAGUGGUCCAACUGAUGAUGCCACAUGCUGAUCACCCCUUGCCGCCACAGCCCUCUGAGAGGCAUGAUUUACCUUCAGGGCCUGUUGCUUCAGCAAGGGAGGUGGUGGCUCUAGCGGGCUCUAAUGAUGCAGCUUCUGCCUUGCAAGCUUCUGGCUUGCAAGCUUCUGACUUGCAAGCUUCUGGCUUGCAAGCUUCUGACUUGCAAGCUUCUGACUUGCAAGCUUCUGACUUGCAAGCUUCUGACUUGCAAGCUUCUGACUUGCAAGCUUCUGACUUGCAAGCUUCUGAUCUGCACGCUUCUGAGCUGAGGCCGUACGUUCCAAAGCGCCUCAGGCGAUGA